AUGAUGACGUGCCGUCUGCUGUACGCCCUGUUGGUGCUUGCCCUGUGCUGCUGCCCGUCCGUGUGCGUGGCAGAGGCUAUGCGUAAAGGGUCUUCCAAUACGGCCACGAAGAAUACAAAACCGGAAUCAACUAAGCCUGAAUCUUCUGAAGCCGCCCCCAGUCUAUCGCCCCCUUUGUCAGGGUUGCCAAGCAGGGAGUCGGUUGUGGAAGUAGAAAAAAGUGUUGGAGGGGUAGAAGUUUUGACUGUUCAAGAACCGCCAACAGUUACGGAAGAUACGAAAGAAGUUAAGAACGGCAUGACUGAACCAAUAAGUGGCAACAACCCCCCCGCAGAACAAACAAAUAAGGAGUCUGAAGCUUCUGCUCAGACAACGACCGCUACGACCACGACAAAACCACCAACUACGAGAACCACGACGACCACAACACAGGCACCAAGUACUACGACUACAGAGGCGCCAACCACGACGUCCACCAGCGCACCGUCACGUCUUCGCGAAAUCGACGGCAGCCUCAGCAGCUCUGCGUGGGUGUGUGCCCCGCUGGUGCUCGCCGCAUCCGCGCUGGCGUACGCCACUGUGGGCUGA